ACCGAAUAUAUAAAUAUUAAUAUUAUUGGUAUUUUACAAGAGAAGAUAUCUGAAAUGCAAACUAUUUAAGAAAUAUGCUGUUAAUUUUCUAUUUUUUCCUUAAAAAGAUAAGCUGAAGAAAAAACAAUAAUUUCAACAUGUUGCCGCAACAGUACUGUUUGCGGUGGAAAUACCAUCACAGUAAUUUACAGACCAUGUUCUCUCAGCUAUUGGAUCGUGGUUGUUUUUGCGAUGUUACAUUGGCCUGUGAGGGCCAAUUGAUUAGAGCCCACCGGGUGGUGCUGUGUGCCUGUAGUACAUUUUUCGAUACAGUCCUGACCAACUACGCCAGUGAACGAGAUCCCAUUAUAAUAAUGAAAGAUAUUACGUUUGCCGAUAUUAAAUGUUUAAUUGAAUUUAUGUACAAGGGGGAAAUAAAUGUGGAACAUGCGAGUCUAGCAUCUUUACUUAAAACUGCCGAUGAUCUCAAAAUAAAAGGUCUGGCCGAAGUAACUUGGCGAGAUGACGAGGAUGUUCCUCCACCACCCACACCACAAACAGAAUUCCAUUCACCAUCACAGUCACGCAAUCGUUAUGAUAGUUAUGGUCAUGAAACACAACAUAGAUCUCAAUCGCCGGAUGCAGAACGUGAACAGAAAACACCAUCACCCAAACAUUCGGCCACAGCUACACGCAUGCCCACACUGACUCCCAUACCAACGUCAGCGGUAUCAAUAGUAGCUGCUGCCAGUUCGCCAAUCGAUUCAUAUUUGGGACCAAAACGCAAACGUGGUCGACCACCAUUGGAUGAUGCCUACGAUGUGUUCAAUGUCAGAAAAUUGGGGCAUUAUUCCGAACCAGGCGAUAGUAGUGCAUACUUGGAAGGAUCUCAGUAUAAUGAUGAACAAAACAACCACGGCGCUACUUCUCAGCAUUCCAGACCAAAUUCCCCCUCAGCAGCAUCCGUUGUUUACCAACAACAUAUCCAACAACAAAAACAACGUUUACGUUAUCGACCCACACGAGUCCAACAUGAAGACGAUCUAAUAGAUGAUGAAUCGGCCACAGAACCAGAAUGGAUAACUAGUUCAUUAGAACAUGAAAAUGAACAAAAGGAUCCAUUGGAUCAAGGUGAAGAGGAGGAAGAGGAACUGCAAGAUAUAAAAGAGGAAAAUGAGGAAACUGCUGCUAAUAAACGGAGAACGGAAAAACGUUCUAAAGAAUCUACACCGGAGCAUCCCAAAAUAAAGGCGCUAAAACGAAAAAGCUCCAAGGAGGAAGCAUUGCAGCACAAAUCGGAAAACGAAGAUGAACUAGAAACAGUGGAUCCAUCUAAUGUGCCACAAACUGUGGAAGAAAUCGAAACAGUGCAACAGUCAACAAAAGAGAAAUCAGCUUCUAGUGCAACAAAUACAUCCUCUUCAACAAAUAAUAAUUCAUCCGCAUCAGCUACAUCUUCUUCGGCAUCAUCACCCUCUACAAGUGCAGCUCACAAGUCUUCAAGUUCAUCACAUCAUCACCAUUCUCAUCACUCUCAUCAUUCCCACUCACAUUCGCAUCAUCCUCCACCAGCACCACCACCACUACACCAUCCACAUCAUUAUGGCAAAUAUGUACCGGAAGGUUAUUUGAUCAAUGAACAUGGCAUCUUAAUGACUCACGACUUUAUACAUGCUCCGACGGCUUCAAUACCAACAUCAUCGUCUUCAACUUCCAAUGGUCAUCAUCCCGACGAAUAUGUCGAUAUAAAAAUGGAGGAAUUCAGUGAGGCCGAGUUACGUUUGACAACAGAGGAAAUGUCUCAAUGGCAGGAUGUUAUUAAAAUGGAUGAUUAUUUGGCUAAAGGCAGACGGCCCCAAUUCUGGGAGGAACCUUUUACGCGAAGAGUUCUAGAUGCCAUAAAGAAUAAAAGACUUGAAAUGAAAAAAGCAGCUCGUAUUCUGGGUGUAUCAUAUGGUACUCUUUAUGGACGUUAUCGUGAAGUUUAUGGCUGCCUCAAACAUCCAUACAGUAGUACAUCUUUAAGACCGUCGCAAAGCAGUGCUUUAACUGUGCAGCCCAGAUUUGAUGUUGUAUGGCCCUCACCAAAACCGGGACAAUUGGAUAUUGGUAAACUAAGACCGAAAGAUCUAAGUGAACUCUGGACUCGACCGCAAAUGUGAAAAAAGUUUCCCCCCUACGCUUUGCACACAAAGACAAAAAAGUAAACAAUAGGUUUUGUUCAUUUUUUAAAUAACCGUUUUUUUUGUAAAUAAUAUGAAUUUAAUAAAUUAAUUUUAAGAAAACAAGUAUUUAAAUCUUUAGCUAAGUUAACCCAAAAUCCCAAACUUUACUUAUAAACAAAUAAUAUUAAAUAAAAUAUCUAAACAAUUUUUAGUAAAUUACACAAACAAUUUUUGAAUAAAAGACAUUAUUUAGUGUGAGGCUAGAAUUUAAGUAUUUUUGUAUUAUUCCUUUAUUAUUUAUGUGUGUGUAUGUGUUUUUUUGUUUUACUUAAAUACAAUUAAAUAGAAAAUUAAUUUUCCUCUAAAAAAAAUUA